AUGAUCAAAGUCAAUGCAAAAUUAUUUAGACAGACGAACACUAAAAGUAAGUUUAGUAGUAAAGUAAAAACUAAUCACGAGCGACUUUUCCAUGAAACGAAAUACUUAUCCAGCUACUUAAGCAGCAAAUAUUUAGCAGUUGUUUCGAGUGAAUUUUACGACUUUGCUCAACUAAAAGUUCAAAGUUUUGUCAUAAAAUUAUUCCCGUCUCAUAAAUUUGUAUGA